CAGAUAACGCGAGACUAACAGGGCCUCGCGAGAUCUGACCUCUCGUCCCUGACAGGGGGGCGUUCGGUCCCGGGGUUAUGGGAAGGCUCUGGUGUCCGGAAUGGAGAUGCCUCGCUUUCGGGGGCUGGCGUUGGAGCCACCCUGGAUCCUUGACCAGGGUUGCGGAGCGGACAGAGCCGUUUCUUCGCCCGGGAUGGAGGGGGACGCGAGUUGCUGAGAGGGGACUGAGGCGGCUCGGGACGUGGAAGCGCCCGAGCCUGGCCCGCGGUCCGAGCGGGGAGACACAGUGGCGGCCGAAGAGCACUAACCCUUUCACGCGCGCGCAGGAGGAGGACUGGCGGCGGCGGAACAAGACGGUCCUCACCUACGUGGCCGCGGCCGCGGUGGGCAUGCUGGGGGCCUCCUACGCCGCCGUGCCCCUCUAUCGGCUCUACUGCCAGACUACUGGACUUGGAGGAUCAGCAGUAGCAGGUCAUGGAUCGGACCAGAUUGAAAACAUGGUGCCUGUUAAAGAUCGGAUCAUUAAGGUCACCUUCAAUGCAGAUGUCCACGCCAGUCUCCAGUGGAACUUUAGACCUCAGCAAACAGAAAUAUAUUGCUUCUGUUUUGAAGAACAAAGACUUAAUCCCCAAGAAGAAGUAGAUAUGCCAGUGUUUUUCUACAUCGACCCUGAAUUUGCAGAAGAUCCAAGAAUGGUGAAUGUUGACCUUAUCACUCUUUCUUAUACUUUUUUUGAAGCAAAGGAAGGACACAAGCUGCCAGUUCCAGGUUAUAACUGAAGUAGCAUCCAAAUCCCGCCUCCGAUUUGUGAUUUUUGAAAAAUCAUGUAUCUUGUGGAGAAAUAUUCUACAGGAUGAAUUGCAACCUUCUAUGUUAAAUGGUUAUCCAGUGAAUUUACCUCAUUCAAAAUUGAGAGAACAGAUUCAGCUUUUAUCAUAAGAAACCCGUAAGCCUCUGUAAAGUAUGUGAUUGUUCAGUAACACACUUAAGAGUUUGAUGGUUCAAAAUAAAACAAAGCUGGCGGAAACUGAAAGUGAAGGAGGAAUCACUAAGCCCUAAUGACUUGCUCAAAGAUUACAAACUUAUUUCAAAUUUGAUAUUGUUUUCCUUUGAGGUCUAAGGCUAUUGUCCAUUCAAAAUACUGAGUAUUAUAAUUACAUUGAAAUUGCUUUAUCAUGAAAUUGAAAUAAAAUGCAAGAAGUACAUCUACUAGGCUGCUAGCAUUUACCAUCAUAGUUCCAAUUGACUGAAUGUGAAAAUCUAAGGAUAGGAUCAUGACGGUUUACUGAUAUAGAAGUAAAAAUUCUUCUGGGAACAAAAUUCUGUAAAAAACAAUUUAUUAAAUUAUUUUAAUAGUAAUUUAUUUGUCAUUGUAAUUUAUGUAAGUGAAUGCACAGUUUAUUCAAAAUGUUUACCAGUAGUCUUUGUUCCAAAUAGAAAUAUUAAUUAUAGUAAAAAGGAAAACAUUUAGCAUUAUAAAGAAUCAUAUUUAAAGGCCAUGUGAUGCAAAGUCUAGUGAUGUUUAGGGCACUUGAAAUAUAAACUACAAUCAUCAAGUCUGUAACAAUUCUAAACCAAAGUAUUAUUUAUAAAGAAGUGAAAAUUGACUUUUACAUUCAAUUUUAGUUAAAUGAAGGCACUCAGUAUUCUUCCUGAAUAACACAUUUAGUUUCUCACAUUUCCUGCUUACAUCUUCAUCUACUUUUAUCACAGCUAUGUGAUGAUUUCUUUUCUAAAAGCAGGAAGGCCUGUACAUCAUAAGAUACUGUGAUUAAACUGGUUGGCCUAAGUACUAAGCCAGUUUUCUUCUGUUCAAGUUUUAAGUCAGUAUUUGUUACACCCAUGUUCUACUGAAGUAAAUCUUGAGUGUUGUCAGGAAUCAUAAAUGUUACCCUGAACUGUUACACUUCUGUUUAAACCUCAUGAUGGCAGAGGGAGGUGGUCAGCUGUGGCUUUCACAUGUUGGUAGGUCUUGUCUUUCAGGCCUCAAAGCUGGACAGGGAUUACUCUUUAGGAAGCUGGCAAUCCUGUGCUGCUAGUGAACUGAUCAUCACUUUCUCCUAAAAUAAAAAGAAGAAAUUGGCCAAUCUCCACCUGUUCUCCUGCACUCCUUAAUAAUUCUUCUUUGUCUUUCUCUACUCAGGGGCUAGAAAGUGGUUGUCAGGUGGACAAAAGAUGGGAAUGUGCUUUUUCUUCCAUGGAGGAGGGUAUGAAGUGAAUAAAUAAAAUGAAUAGGUCAGUGGUGGCCAGGUGUCCAUUAGUAAAUAAACGGGAUGACCAGUGCAAAACAAAUGUGAAAAACUCAGACUUCUUUAGAGGACUAACAGUUAAUAGGUUCUAUUGGUACUAUUCAACAAGUAUUAAUUUCAUAUUAAAGCCAAAUGUCUAAUUUCCAUAA